AGAAUUAGGUGUUUCAUGCUUAUUGUUUGUUGCUUCAUAAUUUUUAUUGCUUUUUCGUAACUCUGCUUUGCGGUUCUUUCGUUCGUUUUCCCUCGCAAACGAAGUCACACUUGCACAAAACGAACACACCAACACACAUAGUAUUGAAUAUUCAUACACAUUCGAUGUUGGCGCGCUGAUUUGUCACACCAAACACAUUCAUUUGGUUAGUGACGUUCGACUACAUUACUUGUUUAACGAACGUUUGGAAAAAAACUACAUAUUUUCUAGUAGAAAAAAAAGGUUUGUAUCAAAGUGAUUGAGUUGAACUAGUCGCUGGUGACUAGGUUGUAGUAUUAAUUCGAGUCGUUAAUAGCGAAUGAUAUGAAUGAUAUUUGAAAGUGUUGAGUGAAACACGGAAAACGUGGCAAUGUCCGACGAAGUGAUCGAUACAAAGUGUUUGAGAUGUAAUCUCAACUUUACAAGUGCCAAAAAGCUGAAAAUUCAUCAGCUGGAGAAGCAUGCACAAGGUGUUGUAAAGUGUUUCAAGUGCAGACUAAAGUUUUCAACGCAAGAUCGCUUUCGCGUUCACUGGAACAACAAACAUGUUACAGCACCCAAAACUCCAGCCGAACCCAAGCCAUCAAGUUCUUCGAAUGAUCAAACGGUUAAUUUGGACGGGAAGAGUGAAGGCGAUUCACAAAAAUCAUCAACAGCCGUGACGGCGAAAAAACGGACACAUGUAGGGCCCACUUCGAAUCGAUGCACUGUCUGCUUCAAAGCCUUUGCAUCGCAUCAAUUUGCAAAAUUGCACUAUGAACGGGUGCACAUGGAUUGGACCACAGAAUGCGAAGUGUGCCAGAAACGCGUUAAGAAAAAUCUGUACAUAAAGGUGCAUUUGGCAAAACACCGACUACGCGGUGAAAUCAGUGUUGAACGUAUCCUCGAAAUUCAAAAGGAAAAUCAAAAGAUGCAGAAGAGAAAAUCAUCCAACGGUGAAUUAAACGUGAAGGUGCAGCCAAAUGUACCAACAAAAUGCCCCGAUUGCCUGAAAGUGUUCAUUUCAGAUCGUGUGAUGAAAAUACACUGGGCUAGAGUUCAUUAUGUUGCUACGAAAAAAGAAAAUGCUGGAAAAGAAAGGGACAAAGCCGAUGAAAAGAGCGAUCCGGUGGUGCCGGAGAAAGAGCCAAAAGCCUGUCCGCAAUGCAACAAAAUGUUUGAAACCGAUGGAAGAAUGAGAAUUCAUUAUUUUCAAGCGCACGUCAAGAAGACUCUCUCGAAACCGAUCCGAAAGAAAAAAUUACUGAAAAAUAAACAAGCUACAUGCACGACGUACCCAAGCAUCAAGUCGAUUUCUGAUUUGCGAUCAAAGCCUCCAGACGUCGAUUUUGAUUCGAACACUUGUCCUAUGUGCAAAAAAGUGUUCUCCAGUAACAGUUCGGCGAAAAAACAUUUUAAAGUAGUUCAUCGCCAAGAAGAAAUUGUAAAAUGCCCCUAUCCGCAAUGUUUUACCAGAUGUAGCACGGUCCAAAAUUUGCGUACUCAUUUCUCCAAUCAUCAUCCGAAAGCAACAUUACCGAAAGAAUUUGAGCCAACGCGAAUUUUUGUAAAGAAACAAAAACACGACGAUAAGAACAGUACUGAUGGAAAUAAGUCAGAAAUGAAUGCUUCUGAUAAAUGCGAGAACACACCAGAACAAGAUCAUCAGGAGGAUGCAAAGAAGUCAGACAAUGGAACAAAGGUAACAAAGCCAAACAAUCCAUUGUUGAAGAUGUUUGAAAAGAUGCGCGAGAAAAAUGCUCAAUGUCCCGUCGUCCCGUUGAAAGUGGCAUCAGAAGUUAUUGAAAUUGAAGAGGAUCAAAGUGGAGAUAACGGCGGUUGUUUCACUUUGGACUUUGAACACUGUUCGGUGUGCAGCAGAAAAUUCCCAACGCGCGAAGCGGCAAUGUUGCACUACAACAAUAAGCACUCAGACGAGAUUCAAAUGUGCCCCGAAUGUGAAAUGCUGGUCACAAACAGUCGUCAGAUGCCAUACCAUUUCAAAACAAAGCAUCCAACCAUCGUUAUGCCAUUGUAUUUGAAAUCGUCGCGAAGAGUUGGAUUCACAAAGGAAUUAUUCGAUCAGUUCAAUCUAAAUAAGUGCACAACAUGUCAACAGGUCUUCAAUUCAAAGGGUCACGGCCAAAGACACUUCCUUGAUGAACACGAAAUCAAGUUUGAACUGUGUUCCAUUUGUAUGCGGAGUUUUCGCUCGGAAGCAGCUUUACUCACACAUUGGGCGCACAGCCAUGAGAAUUCCAAGUUUGUUGAAUUCGAAGCACAAACACCAAUGGAGGUUGACGAUCAAGGUGAAAAUGCAACAAAAAAUGUCAUUGAAAAUGAAAUGGAGAAUAGAGUCGAAAAUUUAACUGAAUGUCUAAUCGAAAAUACACCGGGAAAUACAACGGAAGCUGACGAUGUUCCAAUUACUGACUCUGAUGUCCCAACGUCAACCAAUCUUGUUACGACUAAUAAGACUGCAAAAGCGACAAAUGCGAAUUCCAGCAAGAAAAAUCGGAAAAAUUAUCCAUUCAUCACAUCUAACAUGUGCCCGAUAUGCAACAGGCAGUGUCUGUCUCGCAAGUCAACGGUGUUGCAUUACAGAACUGUUCACACAAAGAAUGGCAUCACAUGCCAAAUGUGCGUCGCUCUAUUCGCCAACAUCGAUCAUCUGAAACAGCAUUGGUUGGAGGUUCACAAAGAUGCACCUUGGAAAUAUGCAAAUCCUGUUUUGGAAAUACGUGAAGAAAAGAAAACACAAAAUGAAGCAGAAGACGUGGAGUUGAAUAUUGGCUCGAAUAAGGAGAAUGAAAUAAACGAUAAGACACCGAAAAUGAGUGUCGUCGUAUCGCUGGUCAAUAUUAAGGACAAUCUGGAUUCAUUGAGUCCAGAUAUAUUCAUCUCUCCAGAUGUGAGAAAACAAUUUUUGGAACUUUCGAAAGAAAUGGAUAAAGCCACAACUGACCCAAAUUCAACGGAAAACGAAGAAAAAGUAUCUGACUCUGGACAUGGAAGCACUGCCGAUACCACUGAUGAAGAAAUUUCAGUGGAAUUAUCGCAAAAUGAACCACUCGACCUUUCCACCACUCAGCAUGACAGAAGCCCAACGGAUGAUUUGCUCGAUCGAACCCUGAUCAAAUGUGAAACUGUCAAUAUCAAAUACGAAAGUUCUGAUCACUUGGUUUCGAGCUUCAAUCAAGCGAUUUUCAGUAGUCGCACCAAAAAAACCACACUGACCGAUGAUACUGAUAUUAUUGUGAAGGACGAGAUCACAUUUGAAGAAUCCAUGAUCGAAGAAUAACUCUCACUCGAAUUACUAACCAUAUUAUUACUUUGACUCAAUGCAUGAUUAAUUAUUACAAAGUGUACAAUCCUUUGUAACGUAAUUAAUGAAUAAACUGAAUGUUCAUUUCAGAAAAA